AUGUCUACACUAGGAGGCGAGGCCCCUCCUCAACAUGCGCAUAUGCGAUCGAGAACCCUCUCGCUAGGCUACGAUGCCGGUGAGGUAGACCCCACGGGGCUGCCUUUCGGCCAAGUCAACGAAGAUGCCGAUUUGGAGGAAUAUAUCACCGAGACAAGAACCGGAAACAUCGUUAGACACACUCGAUCGAAUGUGACUGGUGAAGUUGCCGAUUGGAAACUAGUCACUUUUACCAUCAACGAUGUGGAGAACCCCAAGAACUGGUCCAAGGCUUUUAAGUGGUAUAUCACCGCUGUCAUCGCAUUCACCUGUUUUAUUGUGGCGUUUGCAAGUGCUGUAAUUACUGCCGGCCUCGAUGGGCCAGCCAGGGAUUUUCAUGUUUCCAUGGAAGUUUCUCUUCUUACUAUCACGGUGUUCGUUAUUGGCUUCGGAGUGGGUCCUAUGGUUUUCGCACCCUUGUCUGAAGUCCUUGGACGAAGGCCCGUCUAUGCGGUUACACUGUUCAUUGCCCUUAUCUUCGAAAUUCCUUGUGCCCUUGCGCCCAACAUCGGAACCCUCAUCGUUUGUCGAGCCAUUGACGGCAUCGCCUUCAGUGCACCCAUGACAUUGGUUGGAGGCAGUCUUGCAGAUCUCUGGAAAAAUGAAGAACGUGGUGUUCCCAUGGCAGCUUUCAGUGCCGCUCCAUUCAUUGGACCUGCUAUUGGACCCCUGGUGGGUGGUUUCCUCUACGAUGCUGCCGGCUGGCGAUGGCUAUAUUGGAUUCAAUUGAUUCUCGCCGGCGUUGCUUGGGCUCUGAUAACUUUCACUGUUCCCGAGACAUACGCCCCAACCUUGUUGAAGGCCCGCGCAAAGAAAUUGCGCAAGACUGAGAAUGAUCCUAAAUUCGUGACUGAGGAAGAAAUUGACUCGCGUCCUCUGGGUGAAAAGAUUCGCAUCUUUAUGCUACGACCAUUCCAGUUGUUGUUCCUCGAGCCCAUUGUCCUCUUCAUUUCACUUUAUAUGUCCGUCUUGUACGGCUUGUUGUACAUGUUUUUCGUUGCCUAUCCUAUCGUUUAUCAAGAAGGAAAAGGAUACAGUCCCGGUAUUACCGGUCUUAUGUUCAUUCCACUGGCCAUUGGAGUCGUCCUUAGCGCAAUGUGCGCUCCAUUUGUCAACAAACACUAUCUGAAGAUCCAUGCCAAAUACAACGGCAAGCCGCCAGCAGAGAUCCGACUCAUUCCCAUGAUGUUCUCCUGCUGGUUCGUUCCAAUCGGCCUCUUUAUCUUCGCCUGGACUUCAUACACAGACUUGCACUGGAUUGGCCCUGCUAUGGGAGGUUUCCCAGUCGGAUUCGGCUUCAUCUUCUUGUACAAUUCUGCAAACAACUAUCUCGUGGACACCUACCAACAUCAAGCAGCAUCUGCCCUUGCAGCCAAGACCUUCUUGCGAUCCAUGUGGGGAGCAGGAUGUGUCCUUUUUACCAACCAGAUGUAUGCAAGACUUGGUGACCAGUGGGCAAGCACUCUUCUCGCAUUCUUGGGACUUGCAUGUUGUGCGAUCCCCUACGUUUUCUGGUUCUACGGUGAGAGGAUCAGGGCAUUCUCCCGUUUUGCCUAUGUUGAAGACGAGGAAACCAAAGCAGUGCCUUCCGACUCGGAACAUUGA